UACACAUUCAUCGCCGCUCCCACUACCGUCGCUCACAGAGAGUCCUGUGGUGCUGUGUGGCAAGGAGAGUGACUCAGUCAGUGCCGUCAGAUGUGAUGUUGAUUAUCGGAGCGUUGUCUUCGCUUGGUUGGGACUCUGUCUGAAUCGAGGAGAACCAUCUGAUUCCCUAAGACGUUUCCCCUGAGUGACCGCGGCCACGGUCUUCUAUCCUACAAUGCCACCUCUUCCAGCGGCCGUCGAGAAGUGUCUGUCUUCGAAAUACCAGUAUGUCCACAAGGCUCGGAAGGACAUCCAGGCGGCGUCCGACCAUUACAAAGGCCUAAUCCCGAAGGCAGAAACAUUCAUUUUCAAUGACGGGAGCUCAAAGGAGCUUGUUUGCCUUGACGGCACGAUACCUGUCCGAUACAAAGGCAAGUCCUACUACUUCCCGGUACGGGUCUGGGUCUUGGACACCCACCCGUAUCAUGCUCCGCUGUGCUUCGUGUGCCCCACCCCGACGAUGCAGAUAAAAGUAUCCCGUAACGUCGAUGAAAGCGGUCGAGUUUAUCUACCCUACCUCCACGAUUGGAACGGCAACACUGGCAGUGACAUCGUCGGAGUCCUUAAGGUCAUGAUCAUGGUGUUCAGCGAGACUCCCCCGGUAUUCUCGAAACCACUUGGAGAGCUUAAUCAAACACCGAGACACACGGCUACCCCAUACCCCUCGAGCAGCGCUUCCGGUUUCCCGAUGCCCUACCCCAGCUCCUCGAGCGUGAACUACCCGAGUCCGUCUAGCAACCCUGGCUUUGGCAGUUCGAACAACAACACGCUCAGCAUCACUGAUGAGCACAUACGUAUCAGUCUCCUGUCUGCCGUGGAGAGCAGAAUCACCGAUCGAGCCCUGGAAUUCGAACAAAAAUCGAAAGCCGAGGAGGAAGUUCUGAAGAAAACGAACGAAGAAUUAAUACAAGGCAAAGCCAAGCUCCAGAAGUUCAUGAGCGACAUGGAAAACGACUGUCGCGAGUUGGACAGCAACCUCACCGUACUCCGAGAGAAGAAUGAGCAGUUGAAAUUGGCUGUCGAGCAAAUGUCCGAUUCUGAGAACGGAGGUGUUGAUAUCGAUAACGCGGUCACAACCACAGCGCCUCUCUACCGCCAGCUGGUGAACGCCUACGCCGAGGAAAGCGCCGUCGAAGACGCGAUCUACUACAUCGGAGAAGGUCUCAGGAAGGAGGUGAUCGACUUGGAUACCUUCUUAAAGCACGUACGAGAGCUCUCCAGGAAACAGUUCAUGCUCAGGGCUCUCAUGCAGAAAUGCCGUCAGAAAGCGGGGCUUCCGUCGAUGUGAGAUUGCUUUUGGCGAGAACGAUUGAGUGAUUGGACGUCAGACUCGGACCGGCACGUUGCAUCCAUCCUGUUAAUAUAUUAUGUGUCUAGUUGAGGAUCUGAUAAGACAGCGGUACAUAAUAAUAAAGGAUUUACCC